GGGACAGGAAUGUGCAAAGGAGCCACGGCAUCGGCAGCUCCUUCCACAAUGCGCUCCUUUUACGCGACAAUAAUCGGCGUGACAUUCAUCCAUUACAUCAAUGGGCUCCCUUGGACGCAAGAAAAGCUCCAACAUAGCGCUGCCACACUAACACAAGACGAGGUCAGUGUCGCUUUGUCUCACACUGAUCUCGAGCAGAUGUGGCAGAGGGACCUGAGUCCACUGCUGGUUACCAGGUACCCGGGGUCUGCAGGUAGCCAGGCCGUGCAGGAGCACAUCAAAACAACCCUCGGCUCCCUCGGAGCAGGCUGGGAAGUGACGGAGGAUACGUUUGUGUCGCAAACCCCCUAUGGCCCCCUUCCCUUCACCAACCUAAUCGCCACGCUCAACCCAUCAGCCAAGCGUCGGCUGGUCCUCGCCUGCCACUACGACUCCAAGUACUACCCACCUCAGUGGCAUGGCAGGGAGUUCCAGGGCGCGACGGAUUCUGCCGUUCCCUGCGCCAUGAUGCUGGAGUUGGCCCGAGCCCUAGAUGAAGAGCUCACAGCUCAAAAGAGCUCGAGCCCCAACCUGACCCUGCAGUUAAUCUUCUUCGAUGGAGAGGAGGCGCUGUUCCAGUGGACCUCCACAGACUCCCUGUACGGCUCUCGCCACCUGGCCCAAAAGAUGGAAAUCACCCCACACCCUCCAGGAGCCACAGACACCAACCAGCUACACGGCAUGGACCUGUUUGUGUUGUUGGACCUGAUCGGGGGUCCUAGUCCCCGUUUUGGAAGCCAGUUCCCCAGCACGACGCCCUGGCUCACCAGGCUGCAGGACAUCGAGAAACGUCUGCAUGCCAUGAACCAGCUUGUGAACCACCCCAACAGUGUGCAGUAUUUCUGGCCUGAAUAUCUUGUGGGUCGCGUUCUUGACGAUCAUAUACCAUUCCUAAACAGAGGAGUUCGGGUACUCCACCUCAUCCCCACCCCAUUCCCAUCCGUUUGGCACACGUUUGAUGACAAUGAGCAGAACUUGGAUCGCUCCACAAUUCAGAAUCUCAACAAGAUCCUGCAGGUGUUUGUUCUGGAGUACCUCAAUGCCACACCCGUCCUCCCAUCAAACCCCCAACACGCCCCAUAAUAGUCAUCUAUUCACAUCACAAUACAGCUAGUAAAGGACCUCAGUGGAAAAAAAAGAGAUAAAAACUCAGCUCUUCCCAUCAGACUAGUAACAUUUUACGCAAUUUACAAAGAGUAACUUGAUGUGAUCUAUGGACAAGUACAAUUUUAUUGAAAGCCUUAAGCCUCUUCUUUUUUUUUUUUUCUCAUGUGAGUAUUAUAAAGUGUCUUUUAUUUUCUACUUGCUUCAUGAGUGAGGCCAGCCCUUUAUGUUUCUCUUCUUGCCCAGCAGCAACAUGAGCAAACAGAAGCAUCAGUGUAUCUUUUACAACAAUGCAGUCUUUAUGUGAGCCCUCAUUAACACAGCAAAGAGACAUCGAAGAGUGUGGUACCGUCUAGGAGCGUGUCUACUUCACUUACAGAGGAAGAAUAAGCGCAGUGCCGUGGAAAAAAAGAGGGCGAAACACUGGAUUUAAAUCAUUUUAUUUUACUAAAAGAGGGUUAGGAUUAAAUAUAUUAAUACAGUGCAAAUGCAAAUGUAGUGACAGUUUUUUUAGGAGUUACUUAAUAACAACCUAAACCUGAAAACACUUCCUUUAAUGACCUCCAGAUCCUCUGAUCUGCCAUGUGAGAAAUGCUGCAGGGCCACCCACAAAUGCUAAUAAAUAGUUUAAUUGGUAGCAGACAUGAAUUGGUGCGACACUGUUUUUUUUUUGUUUGUUUGGCUUCAGCUUAUGUGACAUUUCCUACUGUAAAUCUGUUCAGUGUUUAUUUUUCAGAGAGCAGUGCCAGUAAAUGGGGUGAAUUCAUACUGACGCAACAUCUCUCCUUCUUGAUACCCUGUCCAUCUGACGCUGAUAAGUUGAUAACUUACCGCGUUGAUGUCUCAUGUGCCUUCUUGUGGUUAUCUGACAUUACUCACUUGAUUUUCUUCCAUGUUAAUGUCAGAUUUAUAUACACUGCCGUAACUGGACUUCCUGUAUUUUGAGACUGAAUAAAUGUUGAUUGAGAAAUCAAAUGCUUUAAAGUGGGGUUUCCAUAUCUUCGCACAUCUUUUCUAGCAAUGUUUUGGAGAUUUGGGAUAAAGACAAAGCGCCUGCACUCAUGCCAGAUCCUCCUGAUAACUAAAAGGCUUUUAAAUAGCUUUAAUUGUGACCUAAAAACAAAGAAUUGCCAAUAUAGUCUUCUCUAGGUUUCCACAAGGCUUUUCGAAGUGUGAGACUAAACACUCUUUCCAUCACUCUUCCUCAACUCAGCAGUGAUCCCAUGAUUCUCUUAAUCCUAUCAGAAGGCUCUCCGUUGAGUUUCACACAACCUAAAUCUUCCUCACCCCAUAACACUUCCAGGAAAGACGAACCUUUGCUGCAGGCAGAGACGCCUGUGAGGCCUUGCAGCAAUUCAGAUAAAAAUUCUGUUUAUCUUUUCUUUAGACAUGUUGUUUCAUGAUGUGCUGAUACCCCUAAUAAUCUCUCCAUUUGUUCUUUUUAUGCCAUUUUCUACAGUAACUUAUCUCAAACACUUUACAUUUCAGCAAAGAAACAAUGGCUGGCGGUGUGGAAAUAGUCUUUAAUGAACUUUAAUUCGAGGAAACGGCACUUACUCUUUAACGUGACUCAAGUCAGCCGCCAAAAGCAGCGGCAUAUUUGAGGAAAAGCAAAUGGAGAGGCAAGAGAAAAGUUGUUAAUGAAUUCCAGUGCAGUAUGUGACUGCAAAUUAAUGCAUAAUGGAGAGUAAUAACGGCACAGCUUUCAUCUGCAGAUGAUUACAGUGCUUAGCAUGCAACAGCUUCCAGGUGGGAAAAAAAGAGAGAGAUGGGUUAGGCUGGGACUUUUUCUCUUGCAAGGUGUGUUUCUGCUUGUUCAAAAACAACGAACAAAUCUCUAACCUUGCCUGUGUGCCUGUGUGGCUGAAAGUAGUGAGGGUUUAAUGUAAACUUGUAUUAAACGGUCUGUCUUACCUUCAUUUUAUUUAGUCUGCAUGAUGUAACUUUUAUGCUUUCUGUUCAUGAGUGCAGCCACCUGUUU